AUGUCCAAAUAAAACACUUUUCAGUAGUUGUCUGACAGCUAGCAGUAGCAACAACAUCAGCAGAAUAGAGGAGGAAGGUUUGAUUUAGAUAAUACAAUUAGAAUCAAAGAAAAUUACAUAUAUCUUUAUCCUGAAAUCCAAAUAAACAAGUUUAUCACAUAAUAUAUUGAAGAUAAUUAAAAGAAAUUCACCGCAAAUCAUCUUAUUGAAGAAUAUUUAAACCAUUUUUUAGAAGAAUAAAAAAACAUUUAACUUUAAAAAAUGUAAAGCUAUCAUCCAGAAUAUGCUUUAAAAACUCCUAAUGCUAAAAUUUAUAAUAUUGCUUUCUAUUUUUAAGAAUACUUGCAUUAACUUCCCUAAGAAAACACCAACUCUAAUGAGUAAAAAAAAAGCGUAUUAGAUUUAUCAAUUGGUAAAAAAUAAUGGAAUGAUUUGCUUGCUGGAACUAAUAGAUGCAUUCCUACUAACAUUAUGGAGAUUAUUCUUUCAAAAGAGCACGAUGAAGAAUAGAUACUUGCUUUGAUGCUAUUGAAUCUAUAUGCAAUUUCAAAUGAAGAAAUAGCGAUUGAAUUAUUUUAAAUUGUAGCAAAUUUGUAUGAUCCACAAUUUAUAACUACUAAUGAAGCACUAAAUAAAAUAUUAAUUCAAUAUAUUGUCUGCAUAAUCCUAAGAUAAAAUCAUCAUAACUAAUAAACAAGGAGUAGAGAAAAUAUCAAUUAGAUAUAUUCUAGAAUAUAAGAAAAAUACUAAUUCACUCUUACAGAUGAUUAUGUUGUUUAAUUCUAGAAGCCCUAAAUAUUGUAAUAAUGA